AUGGAUAUUGAUGGACUGUCAAAGGCAUUGAAAGGAGAUUUGCGUCUGGAAUUGAAGGUCGAGGAUUACAUUGCAUCAUUGAAUGCCCUUGUGAAUGAAACUGACAAGGUCAGAAACGCUGAGGAUGUCGAGGAGAUUAUAAUUAGGUCGAUCAAAGACCAUAGUACUUCAAGGGCACAUUUUCUUAUGAUGUUUAAACAAAAGCCUGAUAGGUUCUUAGAUUUACUUGGUGAUCUAUCAAGCAGGGCUAUAUCAGCAAUUGUGGAUAGCUUUAAAAGUGUUGAUGAUACCAUUCCACUUAUGUUGGAAAUUAAGAGAAGAAUACGGGCUAAGAAAUGCAGAAGUGACGGUUUGCUCAAGUUGGUUUACCAGUUGUUGGAAAGAUAUGUAUAUAAGUUUGAAGAUAUCGUUUUCUUAGCAGAGGAACUUCCAUUUCAUCUCGAGAGUACUGAUAUCAGGCCAUUGGUGCUCCUAAUUUUUGCACAGUUGGAUAAUAAGUAUAAGAGGACUUUUAACGAGAAGUUGCUCGAUGUUUUCGACACGUUGACAAUUGAGGCGGAUGCAGAUCACACUGAAUCAAUGAAUGCUAUAUUAAAUACUUUAAGCGAAUUAUAUCCUGUUCUAACCAAUAUAUGUUCGGAGGCCUUUCUAAGUGAGGAACUUCAGACAGUCUUGAAAAGAAAGAUACUUCGGAACGAUUCUUUGAUUAAAAAGGGGCUGCAGCUGUUAUCCGUAGCAUGUAUUGAUGAAUCAGUUAGAAAAUAUAUUGCAGAACAAUACUUCCCCAUAAUCGAGGCAUCUUUAUCAAACAAUGAACUAAAAUUGCAUUCCGCAUUGGUUUUAGUUAAAACCUGGUCAUUUAGUAAACUAAAGAAUACCAAAGUCAAACAGUUAGGCAACAUUUUCAUUCAAAAUGUUGAAUCGAAUGAUGAAAGGGAACAGGAAAUUGCUGUUGAAGGGUUAGCAUAUCUAAGUUUAAUCUCUUCCGUACGAAAUGGCAUUCGAUCAAACGGAAAUGUUUGUUUGGAGUUAGUUCAACUGGUUGUUGAUGAAAAAACUGAGUCUUGCAUAAUAUAUGGUAUUCUUUCCUUACUUGCAAACUUAAGCACGUUUUCUGAUGAGUGUACUCCUGAACAAUCCUCAAUUAACUCAUUAAAGGCAUACGCAGAGCUGAAAAAUCCAGUUGUGGAAACUCAAACAGGAAAAGAAGAAGAAGAAGAUAUUUUUGCCUUUAUUGAUGAUUACAUCGUCGACUUGCAGGUGAUUGGGUCUUUGAGUAACCGUCUAAAGGAUUUGAUGCCAAGUUGUAGGGACCAAUUUGUCAAAUUAAUUUACAAUGCUACAAGAAAACGACACUUCAUAUCUGAAUGUGUUAAACAAGGAGCAACAAAGGCAUUACUGGGUUACCUUGGAAAUAUGCCCAUUCAAAUUCAAUUUCGUUUGUAUGCUAUAAGGGCCUUGAAUAGUAUUUUGAUCAACACUAAUCCCAAACUUCUAUUCAAUCAUUAUUCUCCGUUGAGCACCGUGCCGUAUUUGUUCGAAUUGAUACCAGGCAGAGAUGGAAAUGACAAUGAGGAGUUAUUAAACGCUUUAACCACAAGAGAUAGCUAUGAAGCAUUACUUGCUUUAACGAAUUUGGCCGCCACAGAUAGCGCUGAUAGCUUAUCCAAACUCAUCGUAUCGGAUCCUCAAUGUUGGUCAAAGAUUAUGAAUUGCAUUUUAGACGAAACAGUUCAAAUUCAAAGGUCUGUAUUGGAACUACUCAGCAACUUAAUGGCUUACCCCUUACAUAUUGCUGCCAAGUUUUUAAUUUUGGCAAUCCUGCAAGUGUUAAGAAUUUUGACAUAUUGGUUGAACUACUGCGCCUUAGAGAUAUCAAAUCUCAAAGAGCUGUUGCUGCGAUUUUCGCCAACAUAG